AUGCGUUGCUUCUACGAAGUCCUUGGGCUUGAGAGAACCUGUGAGGCCUCCGAACUGAAAAAAGCCUAUUAUAAGGCUUCGCUGGAAUGGCAUCCCGACAAGAAUCAUGACAGAUUAGAAGAAGCUACAGUCAGGUUCCAGGAAAUUCAAGAAGCAUACCGCGUGCUUUCCGAUGUUCAAGAACGUGCCUGGUAUGAUCGCCACCGUGAGGAGAUUCUGCGUGGUGGGCAAGGUGGGAUUGGUGGAGACUACAAAGACGACAGUCUGGACAUCUUUCAGUUCUUCUCUCGUUCAUGCUUCAGCGGUUUCGAUGACGAACCUAAGGGUUUCUACACAGUCUACAACAAGGUCUUUGAAGAUAUUGCAACGGAGGAACGUCGCUCUGGUGACUGGACCUCCAGCGAAUCGGAAGAUGAGAGCAGUGAUGAUGCAGGACAGAGUUGGGAGGGGGCGAAUGAAGGAGAAAAAACGGCAUCUCGAAGACGACGACGACAGCCCAGUUCGUUUCCCCCCUUUGGUCAGGCGAACAGUGACUAUAACGCCGUUGUCCGUCCAUUCUAC